ACGACUCCUGCCAGUGCCACUUACUACUUCGACCCGUUGCCUUCUGGUUCGCCUUUCUCUCCCGCUCUAACGAUAGAGGAGGUGUUAUACGCAUCGACAUUAUAGCUCUGUGCAUACAGUCAUGGCACAAAUAACGACGCUUUCAUUUCUCGUCUUCUUCGCAUUUAUUGCUCCUUUCACGCACGCCAUCAAAUUCGCCCUUCCAGCAUCCCGCUUGCCUAUCCCAAAAUGCAUAUGGAACGCUGCACACACUCAUGCACUUGUUAUCGUCACCGCCAACGUUGGUCCUGGGUCACACCAACGGGUAGACAUCGAAAUUUUGGAUUCAACACACCACAACGUCUACCUCUCAAAACGGGACAUUAAAGGCGAGACGAGACUUGCUGUCACAGCACAUGGCGAGGGAGAGGUUGGGGUGUGUUUCAAGAAUUACCUAUCUCCUGAAAUCAAACUAGACAUGGCACGGAAUAUGACGCGCACUGUCGAUCUCGAUAUUGAUAUCGGGGCUGACGCUGUUGACUACAACGCGAUUGCAAAUCAAGAAUCACUCUCUGGGCUCGAGACAGAAAUGCGAAAGCUGGAAGGCGUUGUGAAAGAGAUAGUUGACGAGCUCGAAUAUCUCAAGAAGCGCGAAGAACGCUUUGCGGACACUAAUCUUGUGACGAAUCGACGCGUGCAGAAUUUUGCCUGGUUCACCAUUCUUUCACUUGCAGGCCUUGGCGUUUGGCAAAUUUUCCACCUCCGGUCGUUUUUCAAGCGCAAGUACCUCAUCGAUUGAUGGGUAUAUGAAGCGUGCAACGUGGAUGACUACUUAUAAUUGGGGAGAUGUGUGGUAGGACGAUAUUGUCCUCUCCAUCACUGUGAUGUACUUCAUUUCGUUGUAUAGGAGAUGUUAUUGCCCGUCUUUUCUGCUUCGUUGCCUAAGCUAUUUACAGGGUACUUGCCUGGUGCUCAUCCAUUGCUCGUCGACGUGAAACAAGUGUUUGGUACAAGACCAUGAGCAUGACGCAGCAC